AUGUCUAUCAAAGCGGGAGGGCCCGACUUCCCGCGAGAAGGCUCGCCCCCUAUAUUGAGUCCUACCUUGACCCCAACGCCAUCAUUCUGGGCCUUGCUUGGUAGUACACACACGGAGAGCAAGGCCAAAGAAAGCAAGAGCAAUGUCAUGAUGAGGACCUAUCGGGAGCGCCUAACUCCCAGACGAGUUGAGCCAGAGCAAGGCUCAGAGGCGAUAAUCCUGUCUGGUUGUGCAGCACGGACGUUUAAAAAUGACAAGCUUGUCAGACGCGAUAACUGCCCUGUCGAGAAUGGCCACUUGUCAAUGAUGGUAGGAACUGCUGCCAAAAAGGAAAUGUGA